UCAAACGAGUCAAGCUCACAUAUGCAACACAUCGCAAGAAAUAGGUGGGAUUCUUAGACAAUUUCAUACCCUAGUUUACACGAGAAUCGUCCCACGGAGCAUUCUUUUUCUUCAGAUUCUUCUGGUUUUACAGGGAAAGAGUAGUUUGUGGAGCUCAGUGACAUUUUUCUGCAGAUUAAGAUGGCCUGUUGUGGUUUGGCAUGACCUGCAUGAAUCUGGCUGUGUUUCUUCUGUCUGUGUGACUGCUUGUGUAGUGAUUUUAUUGGCGUUUGAAGAGGUUUGGCUCUUGCUGAAGAAGCUAUGUAUUAUUUCUUUUGCGGUGCAAAGAGAUUUUAUGCUUAGCUUUGACCUUGGACCCUUCUUAUCAUCAAAUUCUUUUUCUUUCCCCUGAAUCUGGCUGACAGGGAGUGUUUCGAUGAAUGUUGAUGGAGAUGGGAAAAAAGAGUUGGCUGAACAAAAUCACUGUGAGCAAGAGGUUAAUAAUGUUGGGGAUGAAGUCGCAGGUGCAGGACAAGAUUUGUCCAAAGAAGAUAAGCAGAGGACUAGUAAACUUGCCAAAGAUGUAAAUGAUGGUAAUGAAGGGGCGGUCCCGGAGCGGGCUGUUCUUCGAAUCCCACAGCAACAGCCUCAAGGAUCUGUGGUAUGUUGGGAGAGGUUUCUGCAUGUAAGAUCCCUCAAAGUUCUGCUGGUAGAAAAUGAUGUUUCUACGUGCCACAUUGUUGCUGCACUCCUUCGCAAUUGCAGUUAUGAAGUUAUUGAAGCAACUAAUGGAUUGCAAGCCUGGAAGAUAUUGGAAGAUCUAACCAAUCAUAUAGAUCUAGUCUUAACUGAGGUAGUCAUGCCUUGUGUAUCAGGAGUUGCUCUUCUAUGCAAGAUUAUGAGCCACAAAACUCGCAAAAAUGUUCCUGUGAUUAUGAUGUCAUCUCAUGACUCAAUUGGUUUAGUCUUUAAAUGUCUGUCAAGAGGUGCAGUUGACUUUCUACUAAAGCCUAUACGGAAGAAUGAGCUUAAAAACCUUUGGCAGCAUGUUUGGAGGAGAUGCCACAGUUCAAGUGGUAGUGGGAGUGACAGUGGUACAGAAACUCAAAAAUCUAUAAAAUCAAAAAGCAUUGAAAAGUCUGGCAAUGACACCAGCAGCAAUGAUGAGAGCAUUGGCUUGAAUUUUGGGGAUGGAAGUGACAAUGGGAGUGGUAAUCAGGGUUAUUGUACAAAACAAGCAGCAGAAGUCGACAGCCUCCAAGCAGUCUCUCCAUCAGACCAAAUUAUGAAAUGUCCUGGUAGUAAUUGUGCACAAGUUAUCCAUUCAAAAGUUGAAAUCAUUGGUAAUAAGCAUGUUCAUUUAUCUGCAGCAAUGGAGUGCCAAGAACAGGAGGACCAACUUGAUAUAGCUGCAAUGGCCAGAGAGUCAGGGAUAGGGGUACCUAAAUUUCCAGAUUUACAACUUCAGGAUCCAAUUGACGCUUCAGUUAAGCUGGUAGGUGCAGGGGAAAAUAAUAUGACUAAGAUAGACUCUGGUAAAGUCAAUGAGACAGUUGACAAAGAACAGUUGGAUCUCAAUAAUGAUACUCCACUUGGCAAACUGAAGUGCAGUACUGCUAAGCUGAUGGCAGGUAUGAUCGUUGACACUGCAAGUCCUAGGAUGGGUGGCAGAGAGCCCAAGGCAUUAAAUCAAUCCAAAAUCUCAGAAAUCAACAAUAGGGACACCAGUGAUGCUAAAGAGUUACCAUCCCUUGAGCUUGAUCUAAGGGGGCUUGGAGGAAUUAAUGACGUUGGGACAACAGUCCAGGGUGGCCAGAGUGCUUUGAAACACUCAGAUCUUUCAGCCUUCUCAAGGUACAACAAGGCCUCUUGUGGGAACUCUAGAAGUGGUUCCCCACUUGUGAAGACAUUAUCAAUGCAUAAAUUGUCUCAUUCAAUUGGUGAUCCUCCCAAGCUCUGCUCAAAUUGGGCUACUGAUAGUUUUGAUACAAACUCCAACACCAUUGGAGUUUGUGCCAAGUCUGUAAACCCAAAAGACAGUAGUCCUCAGGUCCUAAUACAUAAGGCUAUUGACUUGGAAACUAUGAGAGUGCUUGCUCAACCAAAAGGCACACAACAGAAGCUGGAAAUUGUCCACCCACAUCGCCAUUAUGACCACCCCAAGCAUCUUGUCCACAACAUGCAACAGCAACAGCAACAGCAAUUGCCAUUGCGACACAGCCAAGAUGAUUUUUCAUUGAAGGAAAUUGACGCUGCAGCUGCACAUAGUGGGUUGUCUAGCAUGUUAACUGGGGCUAAAGGUAAUGCUAGAAUUUACAGACUGGAUGAAAAUGCCUCCAGUAGUAAUCAGGGGAGCAAUGGGCAGAAUGGGAGCAGCGCUGCAGUGAAUACUGGAGGGACAAACAUAGAAAGUGAUGAUGUUUUAGCGGGGGAAGGUGAUAGUGGUGGUGCUAGUGGGAGCGGAAAUAGAGAUAGAGUGUAUCAAAAUAGAUCUGCACAUAGAGAAGCUGCCUUGACCAAGUUCCAUCAAAAGAGAAAGGAGAGAUGCUUUCAAAAGAAGGUUCAAUACCAGAGCAGGAAGCGACCAGCAGAAGGACGCCCCCGCAUACGGGGACAAUUUGUGCGGCGAAAAGUGCAUGAAGACACCAAUACGAUUUCAGAUAACUAAUUUUUACCUAUUUUCAUUUAUUGCUAACAGAUUUAAGGCCCCCAACCAGAGCACUAAUUGUACAUGUAGGGAUAAGAGUACUAAAAAUUCAUGGUUAAGAGGAUUUUGAGGGGUUCCACACUAUGAGAGAACUCCCACUGUAAAACAUGGGACUCUUCUAUUGAUGGGGCAAUCAUUAUUAAUAGUCAAGUUUUUUUUUUUGUGGUA